GCACGCCUGGUGCAUGCUGGUGCACGUGCAAGAUCAUUCUUACACUGUACGUCACUAAUGAGUGUAAUUAGUCUCUAUGACGUCAAACAAGUUUAGUUACUCAUUUCUUCUUUGCGAGAAUGUUGCGUUUACCGAAUGGUUAACUCGGCGUCCAUUAUGAAGAAGGAAAAAGUUUGUAUCAGUAUUCUGCUUUUUAUACUGAUUUGCUUCAGCGUCAGAGAAGUGUCAGCUUCACCAAGACCUUCGAGGCAAGAUAACUCGGCCCUCAGCCCUGACUCUGCCGUCCUUGGGGGGCGCGUCUUCACAUCAGCUACUACCAGAAAGACGCCCCGCACAAUUUCAGACGAUGCACAGGCCAUUAUAGAAAAUUUAGAAGACAUCAAGUCUAUGGAAUCGGCAGCGAAUAAUAACCAUGCUAACUGGGAGGAAAUUAUAACGAGAAGAGCUGCCAAUGAAGACAUCUUAGAGCAUCCUGAUAGUGAUAAAAAAUUUCCAUCAAACUUAAAGUUGAAAUCCCUUUUAAAGGAAGCCAUCAAGCGCGGACGAGACACUGCAGCUUCUCAGAAAGCACCUGGUACGGAUGUAGCCAAAAGUGGCAUCCAAGGAAAAACUGGACAGAAAUCGUCCGGUCGAGGUAACGAGGAAUCAUACCGACCAGAUGAUCACCCCAGGAUAAAAGGCAGCGAAUCCAAACCGCGUGGCACAUCUACGGAACAAAAACAAGAGAGAAAUACUCAGCCCGGGAACAUGGCGUCUGCUGGACCCCGAUGGGGCUCAGCCAUGGAUUAUGGACUCAAGUCUCACUAUGAAGAAAGAAAAGUAAAAAUAAAAAAGAAGAAAAAAGGGAGACUAGAGUCCCAAACUGAGACUAAAGAUCCAGCAGACAAUGGCUCCCUGAUUAUCGUUGGAGGACUUAUAGGAGGAAUGUUUCUGUUUCUGGCGAUUGGGGCUGUGUUUUAUCGCAUUUGGAAAAAUUGCAGGAAGAGAAUUGGACGAGAUCGAGGCGAUCCCGAACGAGUCCGGUUAUCAGCCUCACUCCAGGCCAUCGCGGAGGAUACUGAUGAAGAUAUCAUUUUUGAAAGAAAACCGAAAGGAUCGAAAAUGAAAAACAAGAAAGAAGAAGAGGAAGAUCCACAAGGUAAAAACGUACGACUGAAUUUGGAAGUUUCUCAAUAUCCACCGGCCAAAGGUGGUCACGGCCGAGAAGUACGAGUAGAUAUGGAGGCCUCCGAUUCUUCGCAGCCCGCCUCGUUAUCAUCCAUGUCUGCGCCAUCACUGUGCUCUUCCUUCGGUACGCAACUGUCCACCCAAACAAUUGGUUCUUCUCUGAGUUAUAUAACCCUCAUCGACUCCCGUAAGGAUUCUUAUCUGCGCUUUUGGAUGCCGCAAAUGCCGCAAUCCUCUGGAUCUUCCUCAUCAAGUGAUGUGGAGGUUAAAGUUGAACCAGACAAAAAGCAGGCGGCUCCCCCUCAAUCGUCAAACAGUUCAGCGGCCUGUCGUCAACUGAACAGCAUGGUUACCACGGAAACAGGUGGCUCCAACUCCUCCUCUGAGUCGUGCAAGACACCAGUAGCUGUCAGCGAUGACGUCACCAUCACAAUCAACGAUGACGACGAUUGCAAAGAGCCGUUGUUGUCUUCAGAAAAUGAGGGCUCGUCCGCUGAAGUGAUCUACGUCAGUAGGAAUCAUUUAACAACGGAGGCUACAGAAGGAGAUGAGAAUGAUGUUAAAGAGCGAUCAGGCGAACCAUCCCUGCCUCCUGCUCAGACAAGCCGUCCAUCAUCUUCAACGGAUUUGGAAAAGUCAAUUAUAUUGGAUGAGGCAAUGGACAAAGCACGUGACUUUGAGCGUAACAAGCGUCUACGUAUUAUCCGUAAGGGUCUUUCACUGCGAUCUGACACUUCUUUAUCAGAGGAAGUCGCUUUGGCACAGGCCGUCAUUUUACCAACACCUAUUGAUCCAAAGAAAAUGAAAAGAGAUAAGGAAAGACCUAAGGUUAUAAAGGAAUUGUUAAAGGAAUAUAUCAACCCCUCAUUCAGUGACGCGAUCCAGGUCGUGGCCUCCACUAUGCGCUCGGACAGGAUUACAAGAGAUUUGAGAAAACAAACUGAUUACAAAAGAUAUUUGAUUGGCUUGGAUGCCAAACGCUUUGCAAAGAAUAUUGUGAAGCCCACUUUUCAAAUGGAUAUACAGUUUGUCCGGAACGUGAUCUGUGGUCGGUCUGCACUUGAUCAUGGCGAAAAUCCCCACGUGGGGUGUCUGUGCUCCUACUGUGUCAAGCAACGGAGUAAAACAGGGAGACCACCCUGCUUCAGUAUAGCACGGGAUAUCCCCAAAACGGAGGAUACCUUCGUAAUCAAUGGAAAGGUUUUCACAAGUUUUGUUCCCAAACAGUCUUCUUCUGGUAAUGCAGGGCCUGGAACAAGUACUGGAUCACAUACUGCACACAAUGGAUAAAGUAAUUUAUCUCACUUUCGUUUAGUUGUAUCCACACAUUAUUGUAAAAAAAAAAAAAAGAGAGAGAAAAACAAACUUAAUUUUGUCGUAAGCGAAUGAAAAUGUAAAAACUCUUACUUUUUGGUGGCUAUUUGGAUGUCAUGCAUCGUGAGAAGAAGCUUAUCACAAUCAUUUCAUCUACAAUUCAUGAAUUUUUGUAAUAUACGAGGCAGACACUUCAAACAUUACAAUAACAUUUCACAGUGGCAAAAGUUUAAUAAAAUAAAUUGAUUUUUUAA